AGGGAGACAUAUAGAGAGAGAACAUGUCCCGACUCGAGGCCAGGCAAAACAGACAGGUGGGCAACUGAGCAGACAUUGACAGUGAGAGAGAGAGGCAGAGAGGCAGAGAGAGAGAGAGAGACACAGAGAGAGAGAGAGAUACAGAGAGGGUGAGACGGACAGAGAAGGAGGGAGAGAAAGGUUUGGAAGUGAGAGAGAGAGAGAGACAGAGAGAAAGAGAGAGACAGUGAGAGACAGAGACGGAGGGAGAGUGACACACACAGACAGAGAGAAAGGGAUCAGAAGGAUUGCGGAUUGUGGGAGACAGAGACAGAGGAAGAGAGAGUGACAGAUAGAGACAGAGAGGAAGUGGAUAGAGAGACUGAGAGAGACAGAGCCAGACAGGGAGAGAGGUAAGAGUUACAGGGCGAGAAAGUAAAGAGAAGGAGGAGAUAGAGAGUUUGAGAUUCACAUAGAGAGAAAUAGAGUGGGGUGAUGGGCUAUGAGUUGGAUUGAGUUGUGUGAGUCACUAGAGGAGAGAUUUAGAGGCAGAGGGAGGGUUGCUUAUUAAUGAGCCUGAGGGGCUUGAGGAUCAGAGUGUGCUGGGGGGUGGAAGGGGGUGGAAUUGAUGGUGUCAGUUAGUGGGUGUUUAGUUAGGAAUGGAUUCUGAGGACAUGAGGAUUAGAGGAAAAAGUUAGCUCAUUGAGCUCAGUGAGAGAGAGUGGCUACUCUCUGGUGGCAGGGCUGAACACACCAUUCACCCCAAACCCCACCCAGCACCCACCAGCACAGAGAAUUUACAGCAGCAACUGACCAAGAACUGACCACAGUGACCAGCAACUGACCACUAAGUGGCCAAGAACUGACCACUAAGUGACCAUCAGUGACGAGAAAAAGGACAGAAAUUGAUCAGUGAUUCGCCAAUGAGUAACUGAUGACUGAUAAGCAGAAACAAUUAAAGGACAGCCAGUGAUCAGAAGAGGCCAAGAUCGGAGAGUGAGGACCAGAGUAACGAGCAGAGAGCAGUAACGGCCCGGCAACAGAGGAACAGUAAGCAGUGAACCUUUGCACAAGACAGAUCGGUGACUACCUGCUGGAGACAUGUCUCAUAGCACCUACAACCAGCUCUUUCAACAAGCUCAAAAUGCCCUGAAUGACAUUCUCGAACUGGAGUCUGCCAGCUCCACCCUGGACAUAACCAAAGACGCUGCAGCCUUUUCCCGACACCAGAACAAUCUCUACAUCAAAUACAUCCGGAUAUUCCGCAAACUGGAGGUUGUCCAUGAUCAGAUCGCUCAUCCUCAGAAGUGGAAGGUGGUGGAGAUGCUCCUGGAAGGAGUGAUGGGGCGGAUUAUCGAGGUGCGGAGGGAGAUGGUUGAUAAAGGACUUUCUGAGUUUCACUUCAUGGAUGAUGUGAUCCAGGACCUGAAACUGACCCCGAGCAACGUGGAGAUCCCAAUCCCGAAGUAUUUUUCCCGGAAAGCGGUGAAACUUCGGGAGGAGCGGAGGCAGUUUUUUGUGAAGCUGUUGCAGGAGGAGGCAGUGACCAAGGAGAAGGAGGUCCCCCAGAGCACAGACGAAGCGGUUCGGAUCAUCCAGAUCGCGGAGCGGGCCCGACAAGGCCGCCUCAGGGCCCGAAUCAUGAGGGACAUCUGGAGGGAAGAGCAGAGGGAGAAGAACAGGAAAUUACUGCCCCCUGUCACCAUGCAGCCCGCUGAGGCUGCAACGCUCAUCCAAAAGACUUGGAAAGGUUAUAGCCAGAGGAAAAAAACCGUGCGCCAGAGGGAUGAGGAAUUUGAAUUUAUUGGAAUGGUUCCCAGUGAGAAUGCGAACAAACCAUCUGCAGUUAAUUUGAUGGCAAAAGAGACUGCAGAGAACCGUCACCUUCUGCAGGAACAAUACCGAACUGAGUAUGAGAAAGCCCAGCCUCUCAUCAAGCAGACUGUAAUGGAUACUGAGGGCCCUGACAUGAAGGAGACGUAUCGAGAACAGAUCCGACACUGGUUCAUCGAGUGCUAUAACACUUCUGGAAAGUUCCCAGACUAUCCCACUGUGGAACAGGGAGGCUCAGACAUUAUCUUUGCUGAGAAAACACCAGACCAGCUAUUGGCAGAGAUUCUUGCUGAAGAGGAAGAGAAAGAAAAUCAGAAAGGAAAGAAAGGCAAUGUGAAAGAGGUGAAGAAAGAAAAGAAAGGGAAAAGUAAACCAGAGCCGAAACCUGAGGGAUUUUCCGACUUCUUACCGGAUAUCACCGAGGGAAACAAGAUCUAUACAGAUGUGUGGAGGGACCGGGAUGAAUCCGCCAACCUCCUUCAGAAACACGAUGUGGAACUGGAGAAAGAGGAUAAAAGGAAGGAGGUGGAGAAAGAGAUUCGACUUCAGGUGGAUGAGCUGAUGAGAGAAGAGUUGAGGAAUUUGAGAAUGGCAGUUGAGCGGGAUUUCAGUGAACCUCCCAAAGCAAAGACCAAACCCAAAAAGGCCAGAGGUAAAGAAAAAGGAUCAAAGAAGAAGGAAAAAGACUUCACAGCCAACAGGAGUCUGAACUCUCUGUGUGAUGAGUUGAUUGAACAGGGAUUGUUGAAGGCAGCCCCACAGGUUCCUUUGGCCAGUUAUUUAGGAGAUUUCAGUUAUUUAGGAAGCACUCUCCUCCAUGCCAACAUCAACCCAAUGCCAUCACUCUAUGAUAUCCGUCAAAUCAUCACCACAUAUGCCAUCCUUCCAUUGGGCUCCCAGCCACUGCAUGAGAAAGCUCCCCUGGUGAAGUCUAUCCUUCUGGCUGGUCCCCGUGGAGUGGGCAAAAAGAUGUUGGUGCACAGUAUCUGCACAGAGACCUGUGCCACACUCUUUGAUUUGACAGCAAAGAACAUCGCGGGCAAGUACCCUGGAAAGAGUGGCCUGCAGAUGAUGCUUCACAUGGUCUUCAAGGUAGCAAAGCUCCUACAGCCCUCCAUCUUGUGGAUCGAUGAUGCUGAGAAAACUUUCAUGAAGAAAGUGCCGAAAGAGGAGAGAGCGUUGGAGCCAAAACGCUUGAAGAAGAAUUUGCCAAAGUUGCUGAAACAGAUAAAAGCUGAGGACCGUGUUUUGUUGGUGGGAACAUCAAGCCGCCCAUUUGAUGCCGAACUGAAACCGCUCUUUAAGGUUUAUGAUCGAAUCAUCCUGAUUCCACGAGCAGACUACGCCUCCCGUUAUGUGAUCUGGAAGAACUUCAUUGAGGAACAUGGCGGAGUUAUCAGCAAUACCCUGGACCUGACUUCAUUGGCUAAAAUCUCUGAUGGGUACACCCCCGGGCAUCUUGUCGAGGUGGUGAAGUCUGUGCUCACUGACCACCGGAUCGAGCAACAGGCAAAGGUGCCCCUGACUGCCAACAACUUCAUCAGAGCACUCAGCAAAAUCGAACCCAUCUACCAACAGGAAGAGACUGCUUUCAUGAAUUGGGCUUCCAAGACUCCCCUGGCGAAGAAAGCUCUCAAAGCCAAGAGGGAGAAGGAGGCUCUCGAAGCCGCAGCUCAGGAGGCAGCCAAUAAGAAGAAGCGAUGAUGGGCCUUAGACUUUCGACGUGUUGGUCAUCAGAAUGGAAAUCCCAGCCUCUCACCGAACACUGGAACGUUUCAGAACAAUUCCGCUGAAGA